AUGCACAGUAUGUCGGGCAACCACGUCAUCGGAAACAGGAAUAGCACUCCCGAGGCCAACAGCACCUCGACCUUGCGACCGCCUUCCUCCAGAGCUGUUGGUUCCGGGCAUUCACUUCGCGCCUCUGCCGACAUGGCAUCACUCUCUGGCCCAUCUCCCUCUAGCCGUAUUCGACCGUCUUCCGACUUUUACGGCCAAGCUCAGCAGAAUCUUGGUCCGAGCAACGCAGAGACGGACUCGCAGGAUAAGAUUGCUCAGCAAUGGAUUGCCGAUAUCGACCAGUACGAAACCACAUUGGAGGAAAUGGCUGCUGCGACCCUGGAUCAAGAUUUUAAGGAUGAACUCAGUGCCAUUGAGCAAUGGUUUCGUGUGCUGAGUGAAGCUGAGCGUACUGCUGCCUUGUAUGCAUUGCUGCAACAGACGACCCAGGUUCAAAUUCGCUUCUUCAUCCAGGUACUUCAGCAGAUGGGAAAGAAUCAUCCGCUGUCUGGGGUGCUCUCCCCUGCCAGUUUCGACAAAGACCCUAUGUCCAACCGCCUUAGCGAUGCCAUGAACAAACUGAACGUCGACUCAGCUCGGAACUCUAUGGCACGCAAUUCGGUCAUCGCAUCCUCCACCAAACGACACUCCGGACUCGAUCCUUCAACCAUCAGCGCCAUGUUCCCCGACGCCGCGGCAGCCAUCGCAACGGAGAAGGCUAAAUUUACCCAGCAGACAGGAAACCCACCCUCGUCGAACCGCAACAGUAUCGCUCUAGACCAUCGGUCGUCGAUGGCUGCCCCAUCCAUCAGCGCGCCACAUGACAUUGGUGACCAGGGACCCGCUGCCUCGCCUUGGAACAGUGGUGGGAACCCAGACACUUCUGCCAAAACACCAUCCGGCCAGGCGCCGAUGGGUCAAUUCGUUCAGCCGGCACCGUCAGGUGGACUUCGAUCACCCCGUCCUCAGUUGUCGAGCAACAACACAAUCCAACAGACAACCCUUACUGCGCCAGAGAAAGCUUCUGCAGAUCUGCCUUUGCUCUCGCCUUACAACGCCGGUAGUGGCAACUGGGCCUCCAUGGUUAACACCCCAAUGACCAGUACUUUCAAUGCAGCUGCCACCGGUGGCAACCAAGCUGAUAUGGUUGCCAAUGCUACAGCUAUGAAACUCGCCGCUCUUUCGACAGUAAACAACCGGUUCGCGCUUGACGAUGUUAGGAAGUACCGGCGCACCCGAUCCAACGAUGGCACACCUGGAAACGGCCAGAACCCUGUAUCAGCCGGUCCCCAGCCUGGGAUCAAUCUUCCCAACGCUAAUGUAGUCAUGAUUAACGAGCACGGGCAAGUUCUAAGCCGUGAGCAGCUCAUGGCUCUUCAGGCGCAGCAGAACCUUGGCUUGGGUGGUCAACGUUCUCGUCCCAGUUCCCCAGGACUUGCCAUGCAACCUGGACUGUCACACAUGGCACCAUUCAGCUCGCCACAAAACAACGGGUUUCUUAGCGCUUACGACGGAUCCUCGCCACUGUUGAGUGCCGGGAUGCAAUCUGUUAACCUGGGCAGUCUGGGAAUGGGAGGGCAUGAAGGUUAUCUAUCGGAUCAUUCUGACAUGAAUCGUGGACGGUCUCCUCGCGGUCGUCGAGGCAGCUCAAAGCCCCCUGAGGAUCCCACCGAUCCAACCCUACUGCAGGAUAUUCCUAGCUGGCUACGAAGCCUUCGUCUUCACAAAUAUACCGACAACCUGAAGGAUAUGAAAUGGACGGAUCUUAUUGAGUUGGACGACAAAGCCCUGGAAGCGCGUGGCGUAAACGCCCUUGGCGCACGCCGGAAGAUGCUCAAGGUCUUUGAUCAGGUCAAGGAAGCCAAGGCCGAUGGAAAACUGGGCUAG